GUAUAUAGUGUUGUAUUGUAUUGAGUAUUAUAUGUGUUGUAUGUGUUAUAUGUGUUGUUGUGUGGCAUUUGAUGUCUCAUAUGGUAUAUCAAAGUGUCUACAAGUGUUGAGCGUUGACUGUACUAUCAGUUCUCCACUCGAUUGUAUUGUUGGCGUCGAUGUGAGUGAAUGUUUGAGUAGUGUUUGUAGUAUUGAAUAGAAUUGAUGUGCCAUUGAAUGUGUGGAUGGACUCCAUCUUUACUUUGGAUCAGUGAUUGCCAAUUGAGUGAUACAUAACUAUAUCUUCAAACACAUUGAAAGUGAUUAAAGACUAAAAUCAAUCAUUGGUUUUACAUCAUCGGUGGCGAAGUAUAUAAAGAAGUCAUUGUUUAAUUCAUUAAUAGUUUUGAGGCGUUUGAAUGUCAAAACCGAUAUCAUAGCAGUCAGUGGUAUAUAUUCGCGAGUCUUGUGGACCUCUUCUUCAUCAGCAAUGCCCUUACCAUCGCGUUCACGAGUCUAUGCAGAUGUGAACUCUCACCGCUCGCGCGAGUACUGGGAUUACGAGUCGCAUGUCGUGGAGUGGGCCAAUCAGGAUGACUAUCAAUUGGUGAAGAAGUUGGGUCGCGGCAAGUACUCGGAAGUUUUUGAAGCCAUCAAUAUCACCAACAAUGAAAAAUGUGUGGUAAAAAUCCUUAAGCCGGUCAAGAAGAAGAAGAUUAAACGUGAAAUAAAAAUAUUAGAGAACCUGAGGGGCGGACCAAAUAUUAUUAAUCUUCAAGCAGUGGUUAAAGAUCAAGUGUCACGAACUCCUGCGUUGAUCUUCGAACACGUGAACAAUACAGACUUCAAACAGUUGUAUCAAACGUUAACGGAUUACGAUAUUCGCUAUUAUUUGUAUGAAUUACUCAAAGCACUCGAUUAUAGCCAUAGUAUGGGAAUAAUGCACAGAGACGUCAAACCUCAUAAUGUUAUGAUAGAUCAUGAAAAUAGAAAACUGAGACUUAUAGAUUGGGGUUUGGCUGAGUUCUAUCAUCCGGGACAAGAAUAUAAUGUUCGGGUGGCCUCCAGAUAUUUCAAAGGUCCCGAACUACUUGUUGAUUAUCAGAUGUAUGACUACUCGCUAGACAUGUGGUCAUUAGGCUGUAUGUUAGCCUCAAUGAUAUUCCGAAAGGAGCCUUUCUUUCACGGACACGACAAUUACGAUCAACUCGUGAGAAUUGCCAAAGUCUUGGGAACCGAAGACUUAUAUGAAUAUCUGAAUAAAUAUCAAAUAGAAUUGGAUCCCAGAUUUGAUGACAUUCUUGGAAGGCACUCAAGGAAAAGGUGGGAGCGCUUUGUUCACGGAGAGAACUCACAUUUGGUUACUCCCGAAGCUCUCGACUUUUUAGAUAAAUUGUUACGUUAUGAUCACAACGAUAGGCUUACGGCCAGGGAGGCUAUGGAACACGCAUACUUCUACCCAGUUGUGAAGGAGGCGACGACCCGUUCUUUUAUAGACUCUCAACGCCUAACCGGCCACAGCGGGACUCCCCCUCCAGUUGCAUCUGUAGGAGAAUUAAAUCCCCAAACAGUUACCUAAUUAUAUGUAUUUUUUAAUCAAUUCUUAAUAAUAAUUGAACUCAUCUUAAAGUAAACAAACAAUCCAUAUAAAGAAUGAUUCGUUAUUAUUAUAAUUCUAAUUAUUAUAACAAUAAUUUAAAGCUUAUGU